GGUUUAUGUCAUGGUGAUUAUGCACGAAAUUCGAAUUCGUUCAACUUUUUCAUUGUGACGUUGUGUAAAUAAAUUACCAAUAAAUAUACAAAAAAAUGUUAAAUUGUUAGUGUUGAAUAAUUAGACUUGCAAUGGUACAGUCGAAGCUUAUACAGAGAAUGAGGACGCCGCGCGGCAGGCCGCAACACCUGACGUGUCCGCCUCCGCCCCCGUCGCAACUCCACUCCGCCGACCUAGCGGGCCGUCCGAAGCGGACUGAUCUGUGGCGCGUGACAGUGAAGAAAGAGGCCGAGGAAGAGGACGUAAUCGACCUCGGGGCUCCACGCCAAGUCUACACCGCAGGCAUCGCGGUGGGUGCUGCUGCUGCACCGCGCGGCCUCCGCUCCGCGUACACGCCCAACCCUCGCCUGUACCCGGGCCCGCCGAAGCGUCAAGUCCAAACUAAACAGAAGCGCAAAAAUAGCGGUAGCCGCAAGAACGUAACAUAUCGGCGGUCCGUACCAAACUCGCGUCUGUACCGACCCGCGCCGCCGAAACCACCCCCUCCCCCAGCUAAACCACGCACCGUCUGGCACCCUCCCGUACAGGGGAAGCUAGAUACAGCAUCCCGCGCCGCGCUUCGGCUCAUCGGGGUCAUCAGACCCCGCCCACCGAGCCCCGGCCCAUCUGACCUCCGACCUCCUAGCGGUCUGUCCUGGUCGGAUCAGACUGAAGCAUCAGUGCCUACGCGACCUGGGUCGCGGCCUUUGCUAAAAAAACUUAGUCCGAUCAGUCAGAGCAGGGCACCGUCGCCGGCUGUAUUUCGGAAGCUUAUUGUAAAGCUGCCAGCGGCGGCGGGCGACGGGAACCCGAGCGAGCCGAGCGAGCCGAGCCUGCGCUACCGUCCCUUUAGUCAGCACUUCCGGGACCGGGAGCUGGGCUCGCGGGACUCGACGCCAACGGGUGGACGCGUGAUUCAGCAAUCGACACGAGGCAAUAUGGACACCACGCCGCGACACUCCACUAGUCCCGAGGACUGCUCGGAGGGAAAUGAUCCGCAGUCGGCGCCCAGCGAGUUCCUUGCUGAGUUCCUAUCAGCGAUAAUGCGUCGUCAAUACGCCGAAGCGCUAAAGUACUGUCGGCUGAUCCUCCAAUACGAGCCGCGCAACGCCACCGCGCGCGGUUUCUACCCGCUGCUUCAACAGAAGCUGGCGCAGCAGAGCCCGAGGACCAGCGACAAGACCUCACCACCGAGGACUCGGCACCAGCGUUCCAAAGCUAGCCGCUCCCCUGACUUAGGAGGUGCGUCCAGCGGUGCCAACUCUGGAGCGUCCUCGCCUGUGCCACAGGGUCUUUUACCACAUGAGGUGAUGGAGCAGGAGGCAGACUCGCUCUCAUGUUCAGAAGCUCGGCCCGGCAGCGCGGGCAGCAGCGAGCGAAGCGAGGCAGAACCCGGCCUAGGCUCAGUUUCUUCGCAAUCCUCAUUAGAGUUGGAUUCUUCUGCCGCACACUCCUCGCCCAGCCUGUCGCUCAGCCGCCGCACUGACAGCGUAUCGGCGUCCGGGUCGGGGUCGGGCACGUGGGACAGCUCGGGCUCGGGCGCGCGCGACGACAACGGCAACCCCGCCUCCGCGUCCGCGCACAAGCCCAACACCGCCGCCGACCAUAACUCAUACUUGUGCGACGCGGAGAACAACCCGCCGAGCGCGUCCACCGCGGCCCGCUCGCCGCGCCGCGCCGCCCGCGCCGCCCGCGCCGCGCGCGCGCCGCCGCUCACGUUGCAGAGCGAGCAGUCCACGGAGUCGCUCCGGCGGCUGCGCGCGCAGUUCGCCUGCUCCAUCAAGUGAGCAGCCAACCCUAGCUGUGGUCUUGUAACUCGUCUGUAAUAAGUAUAAGUUCCCGCUGUACUAAACACUGUUUACUGUA